GGACCAUGUUGUAAAGGGAUAAGAAUGAAAAGGUUUCUUUUAGUUAAAAAAAUUAUUUAAAAUCAUUUCUUAUUUAAGAAGAAUUUUUACAGCAGAAAAUGGCAAUGUUUACAGAAACAUAAGGAAAGUGAUCAUGGAAACUUCUGAAGAUUAAAAUGUAACAGACAUGUUUUCUAUGUUUUUAAAUUUUAAAUUUAGAAAAGUUCCAAAACACAACUAAAUUAUUUUUUUGGAAUCCCAACAAAGCAACCACUCAUACAGAGGGAUAUUUGGACAUUUACAAUGCUUCAAGCCUUUGUUAAAUCAACUACUCCUGCAUAUCAAACAUUACCUAGUCACCUUCCAGCAGAAACAGAGAGGAAGUUUAAGGGUACUUUGGUGAAUGAAGCUCAACUCAACUGUUUCUACAUCUCACACGAAGGUUCCAACUAUGGGAGCCCUCGCCCAGCUCAUGCCAACAUGAAUGCCAAUGCCGCGGCAGGGCUUGCUCCUGAGCACAUCCCCACCCCAGGAGCGGCCCUCUCAUGGCAGGCGGCCAUCGAUGCUGCCCGGCAAGCCAAGUUGAUGGGCAGUGCUGGCAAUGCUACCAUCUCCACCGCCAGCUCUACUCAGAGGAAACGGCAGCAGUAUGGGAAACAGAAGAAGCAAGGGAGCACAACAGCCACUCGCCCACCCCGUGCAUUGCUGUGCCUGACCCAAAACCCCAUCCGGAGAGCAUGCAUAAGCAUUGUUGAAUGGAAACCAUUUGAAAUCAUUAUUUUACUGACUAUUUUUGCCAAUUGUGUGGCCUUAGCGAUCUAUAUUCCCUUUCCAGAAGAUGAUUCCAAUGCCACCAAUUCCAACCUGGAACGAGUGGAAUAUCUCUUUCUCAUCAUUUUUACAGUGGAAGCAUUUUUAAAAGUAAUAGCAUAUGGACUUCUCUUUCACCCCAAUGCUUACCUCCGCAACGGUUGGAAUUUACUAGAUUUUAUAAUUGUGGUAGUAGGGCUGUUUAGUGCAAUUUUAGAACAAGCAACCAAAGCAGAUGGGGCAAAUGCAUUAGGAGGAAAAGGGGCUGGAUUUGAUGUAAAGGCCCUGAGGGCUUUCCGAGUGCUGCGUCCCUUACGCCUGGUGUCUGGAGUGCCAAGUCUACAAGUGGUUUUAAAUUCCAUCAUCAAGGCCAUGGUUCCGCUGCUGCAUAUCGCCCUGCUUGUGCUAUUUGUCAUAAUCAUCUAUGCCAUCAUUGGGCUGGAGCUCUUCAUGGGGAAGAUGCACAAGACUUGCUACAAUCAGGAGGGUUUAACAGAUGCCCCAGUAGAAGAUGACCCUUCUCCUUGCGCCCUUGACACGGGACAUGGACGGCAAUGCCAGAAUGGCACGAUAUGUAAAGCAGGGUGGGAUGGACCCAAACACGGCAUCACCAACUUUGACAAUUUCGCCUUCGCCAUGUUAACUGUGUUCCAGUGCAUUACAAUGGAGGGUUGGACAGAUGUGCUAUACUGGAUGCAAGACGCAAUGGGCUAUGAGUUACCUUGGGUGUAUUUUGUCAGUCUGGUCAUCUUUGGAUCCUUUUUCGUUCUAAAUCUGGUUCUCGGUGUAUUGAGCGGAGAGUUUUCCAAAGAGAGAGAGAAGGCAAAGGCUCGAGGAGACUUCCAAAAGCUGCGAGAGAAGCAGCAGCUAGAGGAGGACCUCAAAGGCUACCUGGACUGGAUUACUCAAGCUGAAGAUAUUGACCCUGAGAAUGAAGAUGAAGGCAUGGAUGAGGAGAAGCCCAGAAACAUGAGCAUGCCCACAAGUGAGACAGAGUCGGUCAACACUGAAAAUGUGGCUGGAGGCGACAUCGAGGGAGAGAACUGUGGGGCAAGGCUGGCGCACCGAAUCUCCAAAUCAAAGUUCAGCCGCUACUGGCGCCGGUGGAACCGGUUCUGCAGAAGGAAGUGUCGGGCUGCUGUCAAAUCCAAUAUUUUCUACUGGCUUGUUAUUUUCCUUGUAUUUCUCAACACCCUUACCAUCGCCUCAGAGCACUACAACCAGCCCCACUGGCUCACAGAAGUCCAAGAUACUGCCAACAAGGCCCUGCUGGCUCUUUUCACUGCAGAGAUGCUGUUGAAGAUGUACAGCCUUGGCCUCCAGGCCUACUUUGUGUCUCUGUUCAACCGCUUUGACUGCUUCAUCGUGUGUGGAGGAAUCCUGGAGACCAUCCUGGUAGAGACCAAGAUCAUGUCCCCCCUGGGGAUCUCAGUGUUGAGAUGUGUCCGGCUGCUGAGGAUAUUCAAAAUUACAAGGUAUUGGAACUCCUUGAGCAACCUGGUAGCAUCAUUACUGAAUUCAGUGCGAUCAAUUGCCUCACUCCUGCUGCUCCUUUUUCUUUUCAUCAUCAUCUUCUCUCUCCUGGGGAUGCAGCUCUUUGGUGGAAAGUUCAACUUUGACGAGAUGCAGACCCGGAGGAGCACAUUUGAUAAUUUCCCCCAGUCUCUUCUCACUGUGUUUCAGAUCCUGACCGGGGAGGACUGGAAUUCGGUGAUGUAUGAUGGGAUCAUGGCUUAUGGAGGGCCCUCUUUUCCAGGGAUGUUAGUCUGUAUUUACUUCAUCAUCCUUUUCAUCUGUGGAAACUACAUCUUACUGAAUGUAUUCUUGGCCAUUGCUGUGGACAAUCUGGCUGAUGCCGAGAGCCUCACAUCUGCCCAGAAAGAAGAGGAGGAGGAAAAAGAAAGGAAGAAGCUAGCCAGGACUGCCAGCCCUGAAAAGAAGCAAGAGGUGGAAAAACCAGCAGUGGAGGAGACUAAGGAGGAGAAAAUUGAGCUAAAGUCAAUUACUGCUGAUGGGGAGUCUCCACCCACCACCAAGAUCAACGUGGAUGACCUCCAGCCCAAUGAAAAUGAGGAGAAAGGUUCCUAUCCCAACCCAGAAGCUGGAGGAGAAGAAGAAGAGGAAGAGCCUGAGAUGCCUGUGGGGCCCCGCCCUCGCCCACUCUCUGAGUUACACCUCAAGGAAAAGGCAGUACCCAUGCCAGAAGCCAGUGCAUUUUUCAUCUUUGGCCAUAACAACAGGUUCCGUCUUCAGUGUCACCGCAUUGUCAACAACAAUGUCUUUACCAAUCUGAUCCUCUUCUUCAUUCUGCUCAGCAGCAUCUCCCUGGCUGCUGAGGACCCAGUCCGACACAACUCCUUUCGGAACCAAAUUCUGUUUUAUUUUGAUAUAGUUUUUACUACCAUUUUCACCAUUGAAAUUGCUCUGAAGAUGACCGCCUAUGGGGCUUUCCUCCACAAGGGCUCUUUCUGCAGGAACUACUUCAACAUCUUGGACCUCCUCGUGGUCAGCGUGUCCCUGAUCUCCUUCGGUAUCCAGUCCAGUGCCAUCAAUGUUGUCAAGAUCUUGAGAGUUCUUAGAGUACUCAGACCCCUGAGAGCUAUCAACAGGGCCAAGGGAUUAAAGCAUGUGGUCCAGUGUGUGUUUGUUGCUAUCCGAACGAUAGGGAAUAUUGUGAUUGUCACCACACUUCUGCAAUUCAUGUUUGCCUGCAUUGGGGUACAGCUGUUCAAGGGCAAACUCUACACCUGUACAGACAGUUCCAAACAGACCGAGGCUGAAUGCAAGGGCAACUAUAUCACAUACAAAGAUGGUGAGGUAGAUCAUCCCAUCAUUCAGCCUCGAAGUUGGGAAAAUAGCAAGUUUGACUUUGACAAUGUCCUGACUGCCAUGAUGGCCCUCUUCACUGUCUCCACCUUUGAGGGGUGGCCAGAGCUUCUAUACCGAUCCAUCGACUCACACACUGAAGAUAAGGGACCCAUCUACAACUACCGAGUAGAGAUCUCCAUCUUCUUCAUCAUCUACAUCAUCAUCAUCGCCUUCUUUAUGAUGAAUAUCUUUGUGGGUUUCGUCAUUGUCACCUUCCAGGAGCAGGGAGAACAGGAGUACAAGAACUGUGAACUGGACAAGAACCAGCGACAGUGUGUCGAGUAUGCUCUCAAGGCUCGGCCCUUGAGAAGGUACAUCCCCAAGAACCAGCACCAGUACAAAGUGUGGUAUGUUGUCAAUUCCACCUAUUUUGAGUACUUGAUGUUCGUCCUCAUCCUUCUCAACACCAUCUGCUUGGCCAUGCAGCACUACGGUCAGAGCUGUCUUUUCAAAAUCGCUAUGAACAUUCUCAACAUGCUCUUCACCGGCCUGUUCACUGUGGAGAUGAUCCUGAAGCUCAUUGCAUUCAAACCCAAGGGUUACUUUAGUGAUCCUUGGAAUGUUUUUGACUUCCUGAUCGUAAUUGGCAGCAUUAUUGACGUCAUUCUCAGUGAAACUAAUCACUAUUUCUGUGAUGCAUGGAAUACAUUUGACGCCUUGAUUGUUGUGGGUAGCAUUGUUGAUAUAGCAAUCACCGAGGUAAACCCAGCUGAACAUACCCAAUGCUCUCCCUCUAUGAAUGCAGAGGAGAACUCCCGAAUCUCCAUCACCUUCUUUCGUCUCUUCCGGGUUAUGCGUCUUGUCAAGUUGCUGAGCCGUGGGGAGGGCAUCCGAACCCUGCUCUGGACUUUCAUCAAAUCUUUUCAGGCUCUACCCUAUGUGGCUCUUCUGAUAGUGAUGCUGUUCUUCAUCUAUGCUGUCAUUGGAAUGCAGGUGUUUGGCAAAAUCGCCCUGAAUGAUACCACGGAAAUCAAUCGGAACAACAACUUUCAGACCUUCCCUCAAGCUGUGCUGCUACUCUUCAGGUGUGCUACAGGGGAGGCAUGGCAAGAUAUCAUGCUAGCCUGUCUGCCAGGAAAGAAGUGUGCCCCUGAGUCUGAGCCAAGUAAUAGUACUGAACCAGAGACACUCUGUGGCAGCAGCUUUGCUGUCUUCUAUUUUAUCAGUUUCUACAUGCUCUGUGCCUUCCUGAUCAUCAACCUCUUUGUAGCCGUCAUCAUGGACAACUUCGACUACCUGACAAGAGACUGGUCCAUCCUAGGUCCCCAUCACUUGGAUGAGUUCAAAAGGAUCUGGGCAGAAUAUGACCCCGAAGCCAAGGGCCGUAUCAAACACCUGGAUGUAGUGACCUUACUCCGAAGGAUCCAACCCCCACUAGGGUUUGGAAAGCUGUGCCCUCAUCGAGUAGCAUGCAAACGUCUGGUCUCCAUGAACAUGCCUCUGAACAGUGAUGGGACUGUUAUGUUCAAUGCUACAUUGUUUGCUCUGGUCAGGACAGCCUUGAGGAUCAAAACAGAAGGGAACCUGGAACAAGCCAAUGAAGAGUUGCGAGCAAUUAUCAAAAAGAUCUGGAAACGGACUAGCAUGAAGCUCCUAGAUCAAGUAGUUCCCCCAGCUGGUGAUGAUGAAGUGACUGUUGGGAAGUUCUAUGCCACCUUCCUGAUCCAAGAAUAUUUCCGAAAAUUUAAGAAACGCAAAGAGCAAGGACUGGUGGGCAAGCCCUCCCAAAGGAAUGCGCUGUCUCUACAGGCUGGUCUUCGUACACUGCAUGACAUCGGACCAGAGAUUCGACGGGCCAUCUCUGGGGACCUGACAGCUGAGGAGGAGUUGGACAAGGCUAUGAAGGAAGCUGUUUCUGCUGCCUCGGAAGAUGACAUCUUUAGGAGGGCCGGUGGCCUGUUUGGCAAUCAUGUCAGCUACUACCAAAGCGAUGGUCGAAGCUCCUUCCCCCAGACCUUCACCACCCAGCGCCCACUGCAUAUCAACAAGGCGGGUAACAGUCAAGGCGACACGGAGUCACCAUCCCAUGAGAAACUGGUGGACUCCACAUUCACUCCCAGCAGCUACUCAUCCUCUGGUUCCAAUGCCAACAUCAACAACGCCAACAACACUGCCCUGGGCCGCUUCCCCUGUCCCACCGGUUACCCCAGUACGGUCAGCACAGUGGAGGGCCAUGGGACCCCCUUGUCCCCUGCCAUCCGGGUGCGCGAGACAGCAUGGAAGCUCAGCUCCAGGAGAUACCACUCCCGGGACAGCCGGAUAGCCAUGGUGUGCCCAGAGGAGGUAGCCCCCAACAAGAGCUAUGAAGGGAAUGUGAAUGAAGACACAGAAUACUGCAGCGAGCCCAGUCUGAUCUCCACUGAGAUGCUAUCCUAUCAGGAUGAUGAGAAUAGACAGCUGACACCACCAGAAGACAAGACCAGGCAGUCUACGAAAAGAGGAUUCCUCCACUCUUCCUCACUAGGUCGAAGAGCCUCCUUCCAUUUGGAGUGUCUAAAGAUACAAAAGAACCGAGGGGGAGACAUCUCUCAGAAGACAGUGCUGCCCUUGCAUCUGGUUCAUCACCAGGCAUUGGCAGUGACAGGCCUCAGCCCUCUCCUUCAGAGAAGCCAUUCUCCAAACACCACAUUCCCCAGGCCAAGUGCCACCCCCCCAGAAAGUCCUCAUGGCCACGCCUGGCCCCUCCAGCCCAUUCCUACACUGUGGCUAGAAGGAGCAGAAUCCAACGAAAAGCUCAACAGCAGCUUCCCUUCAAUCCACUGCAGCUCCUGGUAUGCAGAAAAUGCCAACUGUGGGGGCAGCAGGGGCAGCACCUCCCGGAGAGCCCGGCCAGUCUCCCUCACUGUGCCCAGCCAGUCUGGGGCAGCUGGCAGACAAUUCCACGGCAGUGCAAGCAGUCUAGUUGAAGCGGUCUUGAUUUCAGAAGGACUGGGACAAUUUGCUCAAGAUCCCAAGUUCAUCGAAGUCACAACCCAAGAACUUGCUGAUGCCUGUGAUAUGACAAUAGAAGAAAUGGAGAAUGCAGCUGACAAUAUCCUCAGUGGUAGCAGCAAGCAGAGCCCCAAUGGCAACCUAUUACCUUUUAUUAACUGCAGGGACCCGGGGCAGGACCAAGCAGGUGGUGAGGAGGAAGAAGGAGUGCCCAACCCCGAAUGUCGAAAGAGUGAGGAGGAACUCCAGGACAGCAGGGUUUAUAUCAGCAGCCUGUAGUUGCUGGGGCUGUCAUGAUUCGGGGAUUUUUUUUAAUUUGUUUCAAUGUUCCUAAUAGGUUCGUUUCAGAAGUGCCUCACUGUUCUCGUGACCUGGAGUUAACCGGAACAGCGUUCUUCAUUCAUUUCUGUUGGGAUGAGAGACAGAGUUGGGUGGUGAUGAGAGAGAGCUUUUCAGGGGAAGGAGAAGCAACAACCCCAGUCCACAGGUGUAGAGUGGUGAGAGGUGGAAGAAUAAGGGAGGGAGGAGGAAGAGACCAGGUACCUGCCCCCUCCUUACUUCAGGCCCUAUACCAGAAAGUGACAGCUGCCUACUGUGCAAGAAGGAUAAUAUCAGUUUCCUGUGGGCCACCCUCACCAAAAGGACCCUGCAUCAAAUGGGUGUCUUUCAACUUUGCUUGUAAAAAAAAAAUCAUUUUUGCACAUAUUCUGUAUGAGCCUCACUGUCUCCAUAGAGCCAGGGCCCUAUGGAUUUGGAAAAGGAAAUGGUGGCAUGACUUCUGCUGAAGAUCCCAACACUUUGCCAAAGGGGGAGGAAGAAGAGGAAGAAAGAUGGCAGGAGAAGCUUUUAGGAGAGGGGAGCAGGGGGAAGGCAGGGGGAAUGUAUAGAAAGGUACCAACCACUGCAGCUACAAGCCAAGAUUCCAAGGUGAUUGGGCAGGCAGCUCUGGCCAUGCCCACCCCUUCAGGUUAGGGUCACAUUGCCUGCACAAGCCACAUAAAGCUCUGCGUUAGCAGUGGUGCUGAGAAGUCAAGGCUUAUAGGGGAUUGGCACUGCCCACUAAUGUAGCUCGCCUUACAAAGUAAGGUGGCACAGGGCUUUUGUAGAGUGCUCAUUUGUUUUUGCCGUUUUGAUAUUUUUCUUGGCAGCAUGUUCCAGUUUCCAUUUUUAAUUUUGAUUUCUGAGGGUUCAGGGAGGAGGGAGAGUGUUUACGGGGCUUUUAAGCCACCCACCUUAUCAUUUUCACUUUGGCAAAUGUAAAUCAGGUUUGGUUUCAUUGUAUUAUUUAAACAGUUGUGUUCUUGUUUGUUUUUGGUGAUGUUGGGAGGAGGGGUUCUUUUUCCCCAUUGGAGAUUCACUAGAAACUGUUACAGGAGAGUUUUACCAACAUUUGUGUAUGCCCAAGACUUUAUUAUUUUUUUUCUUUGGUAGUAACAGAAACCUGGGGGGUGGGGGCAGGGUGUUUUGUUCUAUAAUUUAAAGAUAGUAGGCAGUGCACUCAAUGUAAUCUUGCGCAUGUGAGUGCUUGAGUUGGGUUCAUUUCAAUUGGUUCUGUUCAUGGAUGCCAGAGAUAGAGGUAUGUGUGUGUGUGUGUGUUGAUGUGCCUAGUAGGUUGAGUUGGGUGAUACUGCAUGGGUAUGUAUGUGUAUGUAUGCGUGCAUGCAUGUGCAGUUCUCCACUCUUUGGUUUAGCCCUACAGGGAGAUCUGAUUCUGGGGCCAUUUGAAUGCAAAAACAAACCACUGUCUCUGUUUCUGAAAGGGAAAUCAGUAACUCUCUGCAUUUUCUGUUCCACAAGAUAUGCAAAAACAAUGCAAUAAUAUUAAUUUUAACUACAGUUGUGAGUCAUGUUGGCAUUAAAACUGUAUAGAGAUGAAAAACAACAACAGUAAUUUAAGGGGGGAAAAACAACCCAAGAAGGAGUUUUGCUUCGAUAUAUAUUCCAUGUGAUGUUUUAUUGCAUUGAUAAUGUUUCUGUUGAAGAAACUGUAAUACUUGAAUUCAGGUCAGUUUCAGUAUUUUUCAAAUAUUUUUUUAAAACUGAAUUGCAAUUGUGCCAAGCAAAUAUAAUGAAUUGAAUUAAGUUUGUUUUCGAAUUCACUUCUUGUAUAUUUGGCUGCAUGUAAAGUAAACCAUUUUGUAUUUGGAGCGUGAUAAGCUUUCCCUGUGGACUCUUUAAAUAAUUUUUUUUUUUGCGUAAUUGGGGAAGGGGAGAGACUUUUUUUUAACGUGUACAAUAAGCAAAAGCAUUACUGGAGUAAGUAACUAUUCUGCGGUUCUCAGCUGGAUGGGUUGGAGAUGACCAAUUUUGCAUAUCUUGUGUUUCCUUUUCCCUUUCUCCCUCAAGCUUGGUAGAGCCUGAAUAGCUCAGUGCAGAAUUUUGAUUUCAGACACCAGGAUCUUUUGCUUCCCGUCUUCACAUCCUCCAAUUUUCUUCCCAUCUUCACAUUCUCUGCUUGGAUCCUCUCAGUUGAUGCUUUUCCUCUAAGAUAGGCCAUAUCCUAUUGAGGAAGUCUGCUUGCCAUAAGCCUGGCUUUCAAUUCCACUAUAGCUGAACUAACGUUUGCACCAUUCCCAACCCCACUCCAGGAUGUGGCUAAUGUCUCUUUUAAUUCCCUCAGCAGAAACUUUGCUUACCAAUUUCCUGGGCAUAUUAUAUUAGAAAAAUGAGGGGUGAGAAUGCUGGAGAGUAGUUACUUAGGGCGGUCACUCCAAGAGCUCCCUCCUCUCAAGAACUUACGGUAAUGCCUUAAGCAAAGCCUGGACUGUUGUCAUUGCCUCCAUCCUAAAAACUAAAUCACUCUAGAAGGACCUAUGGAGUUAGAGCAGGCAGAGUUUAAAAUGUCUUUGGAAGAAGGGACUAUGCUAGAAGGAUUUUAUUCUACGGCCUUUGACAUCUGCCUGAAAUGCACAUACUUUUUUCUUCACGUAUUUCCUAACACUUUUGCCUGGUAGUAAGAAAGGGGUCAAAUUAGGGAUUAGGAAGAUUGAUUCUUGAAUCUUUUCCAUUCACCAGUUUUCUUUUGAUCCUUCCCAUGAACUAUGUAGGCUAGAAGGUGAAAUUUGGAAAAGUUCAUUCUUUGGAAAGGAUGAGUCUUCCUACCAUGUGGGACUCAAAAAGGAUCUUAAGAGAAUUUUAAAUAGUUAGCUAAGAGAGGUUAGCUUCCUGAGGAAGACACCCUGCUAGACAAAAAUCUUCAGUUCAGGUUUUAGUCUAAAGUGAAUUGGAAAAAGCGCUGAACAUAUGAGUGCUUCCUCAGACUCAUCUUAUUUGAGCUUUCUGGUUUGUUUUUCUUGACAUACAGGUCUUUUGAGAUAUCCUAUGACCACAGCCCUGGAGUAGCUUUUUAUUGGGAUCUCUGUUCUGAUCAGGAGAGGAACUCAUUAGGGCUUGAUGUACUUUCCAUACAAUUAUUCCAUGUAUAAAAAAUGGAGAUCUUAUAGGAUUAUGCUUAUCCUUUCAUGUUGUUUACUAAUUUUCUUCUUCUGAAAUUCUCAGCCACAUAACUAACUCAUAAUAUAUUGCAACAUGAGACUAUUAGGUUAGCACUCAUGUCAAAUUAUCCUGUCCACACUCCUAAGUCUUCCUUAGAGAAAAUGCUUUCAAGAAAACCAUAGUAACUCAAGUUUGCACUCUAGAAGGCAGUGACAAUGAUAAUAAUAAUGCCCUACCAUAUGUUUAAACUGCUCUAAUGGUCAGAGAGAAGUUCUCCCUCUCUAGAUCAAUGGGUCUUGAAUGUGAUUUCAUGUUCUGCCGAUUUUAUACCAGUGAUGGUGUUGUUUGUUAAAAUCUGCAUACAGCCAAGAAGAAAACCAAACUGUUUCAUUCUUUCCAUGGUAAAAGAGAAACCCUACUUAGAUCCAAGGGACCAGACAUCACCUUGCAGGGUACAUUCACCAGCCUCUUGCACAUUCAUCUUGGGUGACAGAAUCAAAGCAGCUAAUGGUUGAAGAUAGUAAGAGUUUAAAGAAGUACAGAUUAAGUUGGUUCAAGAAUCAUAUGUCCCAUUUUCACUUGCCCACUGUCUGAUAUCUUUCAGAAGCAGCCUAUUUUCUUUCUAGACAUGGGUUUGUGGCCUACUUCAGACAAUAAAAGGAAAGAUUCUUCUGUCGUAUUAUGAAUCAAACCAAGUCUUUUAAGUUAUCUCCCUUAGCUAACUAUUUCUACAACAUUUCUCUGGAUGAAAAGCAAAAAUGAAACUCAGUGUUAUGAUUUAGCUUUAUUGAUGAGUAUUUCAAUAACUUGAAUUAUUAGUUCUUGCUUCCAUAUGCCCAACUCUGUCAAAAUAGUGAACAUUCAUUUUUUUCAGGGAACCAGGGUCCUUGUGAUUGUGACUGAGGAGUAGACUACCAGGAUUCUAUCUUUUUGUCCCCUCUCUUCACUUAUUUCUUAUUUCAUCAGACACCUAGGUUUCGAAUUUCAGGUUCUUCUCUGCAAUAUUGCUGCCAUCCCAUCACCUUGUGAGAGCCAAUCUUUUCCCACAAGUCCCAUAAGUGAGAAUACAAGGACAGGGGGGAAAAAAUCCAUGUCCUUCUCUCAAUCCCUUGUAAAAAAUGAAGAGCACACCUUUCCUUCCUUCAAUCAGUCAACAAACAUUUAUUAAUCACCUGUUGCGUGAAAAGCACUGUGCUGGGCUCUAGGAGUAUUACAGUUUAAAUAAGUCUCUGCUCUCAUGGAUCUCACAGUUUUAAAAGGCUGGGGGUUGUUUUUUAAAGAAAAUAGUGGCUAAAUAUUGCCCAUCACCAGUAAGGACAGGACAAGAAAAAAUGAACAGACCAGAUUUAGCUUAGACUUAAGGCAGAGUUGACUGGUAUGCAGAAGUUCAAUUUUAGAGCAUCAGGCAGUUAAUCAGAAGUGAUGGCAUCUCCAUUCCUGGAAUUAUGGAGGAGAGACACAAAUGUUAUCCUUGACCUAGAGAUUCUUCUUAAGUCAGAUAUUCUGUAAUUACAGUUCCAAAGAAAACCAGUAGAGUCAGAAAUGGAAUUUUCGGAGGCUUUCUGGUUCAAUCCCAUUUGGAUUGAAUCCCACUGAGCAAAGAGCUCCUACCUCCUUUAGGAAGGG